GGGAUGUAAAGGGUCGGGGCAAGCCAGAUCCUUGAACAGGUGGGGAUCCAGGAGGAAUAUGGAAUAUAGAGAAGGGAUUAGUUAAGACAGAAAUGACUGAGAGGGCGGAGAUGCAGGUGUGCAGGGAUCCUGGGGACAGCAGAGUGGUGAGACUCCCGUUUGCUGGGGUGUAUGUAGGCAGCAAGAAGCUGCCCGGACCCAGCGGGUAGGCUUGGGGUAGCUGCCAGGCGUGCACCAGGGCUAUGAGAAGGGGCAUGUGUGAGCUUGGAUGUUUUCCAGGAAACUGAGGACAGGUUGGGAGAGGGGGUAAUGAAAAAGCCGCUCCUGGGUGCAGUUCCCAAUUUGGACCCCUCCCGACCCCCCACCCUGCUGCCCCCCCCCGAGCUGCCGUGCAGCCUGCGGUUGCCAUGGUAACCCGUGCCCGUCUCUCCCAGAGGCGGUGCCAACCCUGCUCCCCCCCACCACUUCCUUCCCCCUCCCUCCCUGUCCCUCCCUCCUUUGUGUCAGCUGCGCCCCUGACCGGGAUGGCUGCGAAGAGAGGGACCAAGACAAGCAUGAAGAACAUGGAGAAGGAACUGCUGUGCCCAGUGUGCCAAGAGAUGUACAAGCAGCCACUAGUGCUGCCUUGUACCCACAACGUGUGCCAGGCCUGUGCCCGGGAGGUUUUGGGCCAGCAGGGGUACAUAGGCCAUGGUGGGGAUCCGAGUUCGGAGCCCACUUCUCCUGCUUCCACCCCUUCUACCCGCAGCCCCCGCCUCUCACGGAGAACUCUCCCCAAGCCAGAUCGCUUGGACCGGCUCCUUAAGUCAGGCUUUGGGACAUACCCUGGGCGGAAGCGUGGUGCCUUGCACCCCCAGACGAUCCUAUUCCCGUGCCCAGCCUGCCAGGGCGAUGUGGAGCUGGGGGAGAGGGGCCUUUCCGGGCUUUUCCGAAACCUGACCCUAGAGCGAGUGGUGGAGAGGUACCGACAGAGUGUGAGUGUGGGAGGAGCCAUCCUGUGCCAGUUGUGCAAGCCCCCACCACUAGAGGCCACCAAGGGCUGCACAGAGUGUCGAGCUACCUUCUGUAAUGAAUGCUUCAAGCUCUUCCACCCCUGGGGCACUCAGAAGGCCCAACACGAGCCCACGCUACCCACCCUCUCAUUCCGCCCCAAGGGUCUGAUGUGUCCGGACCACAAGGAAGAGGUGACCCACUACUGUAAGACAUGUCAACGGCUGGUGUGCCAACUCUGCAGAGUACGGCGUACCCACAGUGGUCACAAGAUCACACCAGUGCUCAGUGCCUACCAGGCCCUUAAGGAUAAGCUAACAAAGAGCCUGGCAUACAUCUUGGGGAACCAGGACACAGUGCAGACCCAGAUUUGUGAGCUGGAAGAAACCAUCAGGCACACUGAGGUGAGUGGUCAGCAGGCGAAAGAGGAGGUGUCCCAGCUGGUUCGGGGACUAGGAGCUGUGCUGGAAGAGAAGCGGGCCUCACUGCUUCAGGCCAUUGAAGAGUGCCAGCAAGAGCGUCUAUCCCGGCUCAGCGCCCAGAUCCAUGAGCACCAGAGCCUGCUGGAUGGCUCGGGUCUGGUGGGUUAUGCCCAGGAAGUCCUUAAGGAAACAGACCAGCCUUGCUUUGUACAAGCAGCUAAACAGCUGCAUAACAGAAUUGCCCGAGCCACUGAGGCCCUCCAGACAUUCCGGCCAGCUGCCAGCUCCUCCUUCCGCCAUUGCCAGCUGGAUGUGGGGCGUGAGAUGAAGCUGCUGACGGAGCUUAGUUUCCUGAGAGUGCCCGAGGCGCCUGUCAUUGAUACCCAGCGUACCUUUGCCUAUGAUCAAAUCUUCCUGUGCUGGCGGCUGCCCCCUCACUCACCACCUGCCUGGCAUUACACUGUUGAGUUCCGGCGCACAGAUGUCCCCGCCCAGCCAGGCCCUACACGUUGGCAGCGACGGGAGGAGGUGAGGGGCACCAGUGCCCUUCUCGAGAACCCAGACACGGGCUCUGUGUACGUGCUGCGUGUCCGUGGCUGCAACAAGGCUGGCUACGGAGAGUACAGUGAAGAUGUGCACCUGCACACACCCCCAGCCCCUGUCCUGCACUUCUUCCUUGAUGGCCGCUGGGGUGCAAGCCGAGAGCGGCUAGCUAUCAGCAAGGACCAGCGAGCGGUGCGGAGUAUUCCAGGGCUUCCCUUGCUGCUGGCUGCUGAGCGGCUGCUCACGGGCUGCCACCUGAGUGUGGACGUGGUCCUGGGUGAUGUGGCUGUGACCCAGGGCCGCAGCUACUGGGCCUGUGCCGUAGACCCUGCCUCCUACUUGGUCAAGGUGGGCGUCGGGCUGGAGAGCAAGCUUCAGGAAAGCUUCCAGGGUGCCCCGGAUGUGAUCAGCCCCAGGUAUGACCCGGACAGUGGGCACGACAGCGGUGCUGAAGAUGCUGCCGUAGAGGCAUUGCCACCCUUUGCUUUCCUGACCAUUGGCAUGGGCAAGAUCCUGCUGGGUUCUGGAGCAAGUUCAAAUGCAGGCCUGACAGGGAGGGAUGGUCCAGCCGCCAGCUGCACAGUGCCCCUGCCGCCCCGCCUAGGCAUCUGUUUGGACUACGAGCGGGGACGGGUUUCCUUCCUGGAUGCUGUGUCCUUCCGUGGGCUGCUGGAGUGCCCCCUGGACUGCUCAGGGCCUGUGUGCCCUGCCUUCUGCUUCAUUGGGGGUGGCGCUGUACAGCUGCAGGAGCCUGUGGGCACCAAGCCUGAGAGGAAAGUCACCAUCGGGGGCUUUGCCAAGCUGGACUGAGCCUUCAGGCCCCCCCUUUUCAGACCUAAGCUCUGCUCCCCAAGCCUCUGGGGCAUGAGGUUUGUUUACCCAGCAGCAUCUUCCCCAAACCUUUCCUAACCAUGUGGCCCUGCCCCAUACCUUGCCAGCUGUGUCUUCCCAGGGCUUCCCUUGACAAAGGGACUCUCCUCUGCUUAUCUAUGGAUGUCCUUCAUUCUCUGUGUUACCUGUUGGCCUAGGCCCCAGGCUCAUCAUGUCUCUGCCCCAGGCCCCGCCCUUGGUAUCUUAACCAAGGCAUAGAAAGCCCUAUUCCAUCCCUGUCCUGUGCUCCCGAGGCUUACUGGGAGGGAGGGCACCUGGAACAGUGGAUAUGAUUAACAACUCUGCCCUUGCCUUGCCAAGCCCCCUUGCCCCACUGAUGCUGACCACAGCCUUGGCAGCCAGGCUUUGAGCCUCCCAGUGAGGGAGGAGAACCUAUCCUGUUUUAUUUGGGUCCCUAUACCCUCCAGCUGCAUGUCCCUUCUGUCCCUCUUCUCCUCUUGCAUGCUUUAUCUAUCCAGCACCCAUGCCAACGUGCCAAGUCUCCCUUGGGAACUCAGUUAAGGCUGGUGUCCCCACUGGGUUGGGCCAAGCUAGGCCUCUGGUGCCUGCUACUGCCUCCCUACAGUGGGCAUUACUAGGCCUGUGCUGAGCAACAGCUGUAAUUUUCAUGGUUUAUAAACAAUAAACUGUGACACCAGGCACAUUUCUGA